AUGCGUCUCAGGAGACUGGGACAUGAAAAAUCCAAAAAUGGAUGUCUGACUUGCAAGACUCGCAGGAUCAAAUGCGACGAAAACAGACCAUGGUGCCGCAACUGCACCCUUUCGGGCCGCAAAUGCGAAGGCCCCCUUGAACCAUCUUUGCGGUUUAUCCAGGACCAAACCUGGGAUUCGAUCAGCUUUCGGCGAUCAAGACCGCCUCUUUCAGCGUUCGUCACUGGCAAUCGGUCAAGUUCUUCGGCCAACUUCGAGAAGCCUCCGAUUUCCCUUCACGCCGAAUUCUCCCUCGCCAAACCUGCACGGGCUGCAGAUGAGAGGCGAGCUUUUGCGCACUUUAUCCAUCGUGCAGGCCCAUGCUUUGCUGGUGCAAUUGAUGCGAAGUUUUGGAAUGUAUUGGUUCCACGCCUCGCUCAGACAGAACCACUAGUCUGGGAUCUUGUCAUAUCCAUGAGCCACCUCUUUGAACAGGUCCCGUUUGAAGGCCUCGUUACCUCCUAUGUUCCCAACGAAACCCCCGAUGCCCAAACUCCUGCCCAUCGACAAGCAUUGACUUGGUACAACAGAGCCAUAUCUACCCUGAGGACGCGUAUCAACACCAGCGAGAUUGAUGAUGUUUUUGCCCUUGUGAGCUGCAUUUUGUGUACCAGUGUCGAGUUUCAACAGAGGAAUGUGGGAAAUGCGUUGCACCUUAUGACCAGUGGAUAUCGGAUAUUCACUCAGUCCCUGACCACCACGAAGCAGUAUGCUAGGUGUUCCGACACUCUUGAGCUCGCAGACACCAUUAUUCCAUUUGUGUCUCGCCAUGUCGUUCUCAUGGCGGCGAUCGGCAUCAUUACGAUGCCGCGGAAGACAUCCUAUAAUCACAUGAACCCCUUCCAGCCUCCUACUACUCCUGUCUUGCAGAUCAUAUAUGAGUCGAGGUCGCAGCUUUACCAGACUCUUUUCCAAGCAUACGAAGUCAUUCGGGUGGCUUGGCUUAUGUGGCAUGACUUGGACGUGAUUGACGCGCUAUCAGCUAAGCAGGCUUGGUGGUUAAGAGAAAUGGAAAAAUGGCAUGUUAACUUCGGAUGUCAGUCUUGGAAGACUGCUGAUUCCGAGGUGAAGCAGGCUAUGGACUACCUUGCCAUUUGCUGGAACGUGUGUUACAUAUGCCUGGCCACUUGCUUGUCGACUGAGCAACUUCCAUUUGAUCGAUACAUCGAUCACUUCUCUCGGAUUCUCCAACUGGCUGAGCAGUACAUAGAAGCUGGCCGUCAGGAGACGUUAUCUACAGUCCCACAGACUGCAAUAACUCCUGCGCUCUAUUUUACAGGUAUAAGAUGCCGAGAUCCUGCGUUGCGUCGCAAAGCCCUUUGGCUUCUGCGUCGAGCACCAAGAGACGAAGGGUUAUGGGGGGCCAUUUCAACAGUAAGCGUUGUUGAACACGUGAUUUCCACCGAGGAAGGCAUCAAUGUUGCCGAGCUAAGCAACUGCAACAUGGACGACGAUUGGAACCAGAACAAGAUAUGCAUGCCUCCCGAGCACCAAAGAUUUCAUUAUACCGCUGUAACGGUGCAGAAGAAUUCAAACGCAAAGUUGGAGGUCAUGUUACAGUUGGGAAGAAUUGGCCUUGAGGAAAACGGGCAAAGAGGGGUUGUGUAUAGAAUGAUCUCGCUUGGAGAGUGUUAUUGA